AUGGCGAUAGGAAAGCCCUUUUUCGGGUUGCAGUUCGGCAGAGAGUGUCACUGCGGGGAUAACCCGCCCUACAACGAUCCCGCCGGAAACUGCGUCUCACCUUGCACUGGCGAUCGUUCGCGAGUGUGCGGCGGCGCCUGGGCUAAUACCGUUUACCGCAUUCGAGGAAUAAGUUCUGGUGACACGUCGUACACCCCACUGGAGACUUUCACAACCACGGCGACACUAGCACCGGCGCCGGUGCCGGCGCACAGGGAUUCUACCUCGCGAAGCACCCCUACGCAUCUACCUGCGGAAUGCCGGCAGCAAGGGCGAAGCAAAUCUUCAACAAAUUCGCCCACCCCAACUCGAUGCGCCGAGCUACUGGGAGAAGAACACGCCGAGAAUGCAUUAGUACCCGAAGAUACUUAUCCUGAAGACGGGGAGCGAGAAAACCAUAACACAAGGAAAAGGAGGUGGCUUUCCCAUGGCACGGGCGAGCAGAGGAGUGCGCACUCGAACGACGAUGCUGCGUACGAUGACGACAGUAGAAAUGACAACGAGGGCGAUGAUGGCGCGGAGGAGGAAGAUCGAGACCAAGACGACGAGGACAACAAAGCAAUCGAUGUUGCGGAUGACAUUCCAACGUUGCUGCCAUACAAGGUGAGCCAGAACGUUAAGAGCACCGCGGAACAAGGAGUAGGGGAGACGCGGAGAAAAUAUUACUUUGGUGCGACCGGGUUGGAGGGUCGGGAUGCUAUGAGCACAGCCUCCGUGACCUGGGCUGCGACGGAGGGGUUGGAUGAAGGGGGCGGGGACAGGGCGCAGGGCGUAGAGUUAUGGCUGAUCGCUACAGGGGAAACCGGAGCUGAAGCGCUCAUUGCCGAGGGGGUCGACGCCGACUGCAUGACAACCUCGUGUCACCCUGCCCAAAUCCUGCGAUCAUCAACCCCUUUAGUCUCUCGCCGUUUCCCUCCAAUCUUUGCGGCCGUUGCGAAGGUUACGCAAGGCGAAACUUGCCGGUACACCUUCGCGGUACCCCGUUUCCUAACACCCGAAGGAGGAGCUAUGGAGGCGACCGCGGAGAAGGCGUUUACGCUAGAGCUUCGUGGUUUGGACGAGUCGCACAUCCUCGGACGCAGCCAAGUCUUCUUCAUCGUGGAGAAGACGGCGUUUACGUUCUUGGCGCCUAGAGGUGGAACUGGUCCUGUGCGAGGAAGUGUAACCGAAGUGUUGUGGGAGUCGGCAGGCGGUACGAAAGACGUCUGGAUCGAGCUCUGUGAUGCAGACACGGGACGCGUAGCUGCUGUCGUUGGCGCGAUGACCAACACGGGGUCGGUGCAGUGGGUGGUGCCCCGAUACGUGCAGGAGGGGGUCUACUUCUUCGUCAUUCGCCCCCUCCAUGGUCAGCGCUUAACGGAGGUGAGGCAGUUGUUUCGAGUUGUCGCGCACGUUUGCGUGCUGUUCAAGAUUACUCUUCAAAACGAGUGGGAGUGGGAAGCCGAGACUCUGCUGUUCGAGGGGGCCAACGGAAACGAGUUUUAUUGGCAGGUUCCUGAGAUAUCUACAGGCGCCGGCUACUACCUACAACUGGAGGAUGCUGACGAGCACCAUGACGGCUGGCAGGGCCACCGUAUCAUUGGCGGCGUAGGGGAGACAGAAUUCGGCCUAAUCGGAAGAGGCGUUCGCACUCGUGCUUUCACCAUCGGCCACGCUCAGCCGGAGGCGGCCGACGUGUCUCCCGAGUUCGGGGUGAUUAGCUACCUGCCGAAGGAAUGGGGCGGUUCUUCGUCCACUCUCAAGCUCGACAACCGGUUGCAUGCAGAUGUCUUUCAACCGGGGCAAUCAUACUACAUUUCCUGGUCUACCACCUUUGUCGGAAGAGUGACGGGGAUUGAUUGGUGCCCCGGCCGGCGGCUAAAGGGAGGAAACGGGAACGGCAACAGCAGCAAAAGUGGCAUUAGCGUCACCGCCGAUACCAACUCUUCGAGCGACGACGACGACGACGAGGACGACGACGACGACGACGACGACAACAACAGCUGCUGCUUCACACUUUCGGUUUCGGACGCGCGCGACGCGGCGGUUAGAGACGACAGCGACGUUUUCUGCAUCGACAAUGUCGGCGACUCAUCGAGGGAGCAGAGGGACACAAAGCUGGAGAUUGUCAAGUUCCCGACCGAGCAGUGGGAGCUGGGCAAGGAUCUAGAGAUUCGGUGGGCGUCCAAGCACCUACACUCUCGCAUCGUCAUCAACUUGCUGGGACCAGAGAUAGAGCCAACUUUAAACGCCGAAGCCGAAGACGACGGCGAUAACGAACCGGACUCCCAAGAAAGCAGCGCCGCUGAAAGCGACGAGGGCAGCAAGGAUUUUAGCGCUGCUCACACCACAGUGCGUCGACGAGUGGAGCAGCUGGGGUCAGGGCUUCCGGCCACCGGCUCUCUGGUGGUGCCUAUGUCACAGAUGGUGGACGUGGCUCCUGGAGACGACUACGUGAUCGAGGUGAAGGGCGAACGAUUUGUGGCUGCGCUCAACGCCCACCCGCCACCCCAAGUGCUAGUGCUUGUCCACCGGGCGCCGAGGGUUGUCGCUCCGGUGUCGGGCAUUGAGCCGCAAUGGUGUCGUCGCAUGCACCCCAUGUUUCAAUGCUCAGCAAAAACUGCAUGUGCCUUAUCUUUUAUACAGGUGCGGGACGAAUCCGGCAAAGCGAAAAGUGUUUCCCCGUCGUUUGAGAUGAUCGCACCUCCUAGCAUCUCCAUCUCCAACACCAUCAUCAACGCUACCGCCAACAAGGGGGACUCCAACCGGGUUGAAUGGACCUUUACCGGCAAGCCCUUUCCGGUUCGGUUGCAACUGUUCAGCGGAUUCCCGAUUCCCGUAACCACGAGUGGGACGACAUGCGUCCCCUUCAAGACCACUGAUAGAUACAGCGGGAGAGAGGUGCAACAAACCGGCUGCGUGCAAGACCCAACUUCGCCGUACUACCAGCAGUGCGCCACCCAGAUCGAUCGAGACUCACGACCCAGGCAGACCGGACACUGCGCCAAACCUGCGCAAUACAUGAAGGCGAGCAAGCAUGCAAUAUCCUCGCACUUUCACGCCCUGGUAGGAGCACUGGAAAGCUCGCUGCUACUCGAAAAAGGAAGGCUGGAGCUGUUGCUCUUCAACGGUAGCGCGUACGAGAAGUACAACAGCAGCAACGAGCACGCGUCGAUACCAGACUAUGGCUACGACAAAGGCGGCGGCGAAAGCUAUGAAAAUAGCAACAAUUACGAGCCUGUCAUAAGUUACGACACUGGCGACGACGACGACGACGACGACCAUGAUGGCAAUGAUGAUAGCAACGACAACAAACACGCGUCGAUACCAGACUAUGACUACGACAAUGGCGGCGGCGAAAGCUAUGAACAUAGCAGCGACUACGAGCCUGUCAUAAGCUACGACAGUGGCGACGACAACGACGACGAUUGGUCCGCUUCGGAAGAUGUCGAUGCCGAUCCCCCCCACGGAAGCCACCAACGCCGACGGUUGGCGCUACUACGAGCAGACGCCGUGCACGUCAGAACGCACACACCAGCGGCGGGCGACGAACAGCAGCGCAGGGACCGUUGGCAGCUACGAAGCGCGUCAAUCCAUGCGCCGAACAAUGGUGAAAGAAAGCUGUCUGCAACGCAACAACAGAGUGACGAUUCUGAAGCGGAGGAGCUAGACGACCAAGACGACAACGAGGAGGAGGAGGAGGAGGAGGAGGAGGAAGAAAACGACGUCGUCGUUGUCGGCGACACCCGAUCGCCGAUGUCCUCCGUCGGAGGUGCGGGAGUGCGAGAGGAAGACCUGAAGCAUGGAUCAGAACCAGUGGUAGGUGCUGAGGAUGACCCGCCAGCUCUAGAGCAAGAUGGAGCAGCAGCCGAAGCAGGAGGAGCGAGUACUGAUACGCCUCCCCUGGAAAUUACCUUCAAGAUGGCACCGGCAGCAACCGCGUGGCAAGAGCGGUCUCCGAGAGAGAACAUGAACCUGCUUGGGUUCUUGUGCGAAAGUGACCUUUUAAGCGAGGAACUCGGUAAGGUGGAAUGCGAAAGCAUCACUGUGAGAGACGAGUUCUCAAGUGGCGAACAACAAGAAGAGCACUACGAAAGCAUUCUCGGUCGGGAUCGCUCUGACAACCAGGGUUUCCUAGACGGAGGCAGGUCCUACAAGGUUGCCGCCAUCGCUUCAGUCAUGGUCGCACUACUUCUUGGUGGCGCGGUUGUCAUCAGGCUGAUUACAAAUGUCACACACGUUCCUACCGCACGUCCGUUCCUUGUACGCCAGGUUCAUAGCCCCGGUAGCUUCGCGGGAGGUUUCACCAGCGACGAUGACCGUGGCUUCGGCCGGGACGCCCCACGCCGCCCAAGCGGAGGGUUCCGAGAUGCAGCUUCCAACAUCGUCGCCAGGGUCUUGAGCGGCGGCGCCAAUCAACGCCUCGUCUCACCAACCCAGGUCUAGCACAGCCGACAUGUUCUGGGGCGGUCGGUGAUGUCCGCGAGCAAGGGAAAGAUGCAAUUUCAUGUCAUCAGUCGUGCGGCGGCUUUGGCUGUGUGCAUGUGCACACAUUUUCGCUGGGGCUAGUCAGUGCUACUUGGGAUACCAGCAUUUACAGUUGUUUUGCAUACUCAUCUACGGUAUUUCAGGUCUUUUCACGACCGAGGGUGAGGGGUGUGGAAGGUCUUGCACGCCAGAAACACGCGGCAGGGGGCAUCGCACGAAGUACAUUAGACGGCUUUCCCCGAUAUACUACCACGGGCGGGGGGGGUGGAUGGGGGGCAUAAGGUAAACAAGACGAGCGUUGAUUUCUCAACCUCUCCUGUAAUUAUCACAAUUCAUUAGGUAGUUGUGGUCAUAUACGUGAGCAUCGUUCUGGUAUUGAUUGUGUUUUGUUGCUGGUUUUGUUGGAAGUCGCCCAUAGUCAAUUCGUUGGGUGGCAGAUAUCGAACGGGAAGGAGAGGUGGUAUCAGAAAGAAUGCUGCCUUCAUACAGCCUUCAUAAAGACGCCCACAUGACUGCAGUCGUCUAGGAGAUGAGGUGGUCUGCACAAGGGUUCGAGAGUGUAUUAUGAACAUAUUUUUGUAAUCGGAAUUAUCCAAGGUCUUUUGUUUCGUGUCGAUGAAAAUACAACCAACCAUCCCGAACGACAUAUUUCGCUAGAAUAGACAUUGAAGGGGAAGGGUCGAUGGAGCACUGGAACAGUAGGG